GGCGUGGCGCUCGACAUCCUCGCCCUGGCGCCCGCCAUGGCCCCCGCCGCCGCCGCCGCGGGCGCCGCGCGGCGCGGCGCCGUGGUCCAGGCGAUCGAGAGCGGCGACCUGCUGCACCAGUCCCUGGAGAUCUACCGCAGGCACGACCGCGAGCUGAAGGGCUUCCUGGGUUGGAGCA